AAGAAAACGUGUACUUCCUCCAUUCUCACUUCCGAGGGGUUUUUGUAGCUGCUCAUCUCCGUCUAACUUCCGUCAUAAAACAAUUCUCUCCGUCUCUCUAAAAUCAUCUGUUCAUCUUCUGAGUCUUCCUUUAAUUCUGAUGUCGGUAUCAGAAAAGAGAUCUUCAAAUCCAAUUUCGUCAAAUCCCCAAUUCCAAUUGAGUUCUCGAAAUCCACAAUCUACUUCUUCAUCUUCUUCUGGUUUUAUUAAUGGUGGUUCCUCUUUAAACCACCGUCAAUACCCUUUCUCUCCUUCAUCUACUGCUUCUACUACUGUUACUCCUAAACCCUCUUCCGCUUUUUCUCUCUCUUCUUUGUCUUCUUCUCUUGUUGGAUGUAAUCGUACAGCUGUUGCUGCUGCUGGAGGUGGUGGUGGCGGCAAGUUAGAAACAUUCUACAGAGACGCUACUGGAAAAGCGAUAGUUGAGAAAGAUGGCCCGUGCUCAGGCUGGAGAAUGGGUCACUAACAAAGAACAAUUAGAGGCUAUUAGUAGCCAGGGUACAUCUAUGUCAGGCGUAGGUUGCAAGCGUUACCAGACUGGUGAACGGGUAAAUGGCCAGGGAUAUACAGACGCAGCUAACAGUCCUCUUCCUUCAGCCUCAGCCGGUACCAAGCGUUAUGGCAGAGCGAAUACGAAAAAUACAAGUUCCGGUCCUCAAACGUCUCAAUCAACUGAUGACUUUGCAGCUAAUUUACUAACACCAACUGGUAGCUGUCGAUACGAUAGUUCUUUAGGUUUGCUAACAAAGAAAUUCAUAAGCUUGAUCCUGGAGGCUAAGGAUGGCAUUCUUGAUCUGAACAAAACUGCAGAUAUUCUAAAGGUACAAAAGAGGAGAAUAUAUGAUAUUACUAAUGUUCUUGAAGGAAUAGGAUUAGUAGAGAAAACAUCAAAGAACAAUAUAAGAUGGAAGGGGCUUGGGAUGCAAAUGCCAAUGGAUCUGGAUGACGAAGUUACUAAACUAAAGGCUGACAUAGAAAGUGAAUAUGAUGAAGAACGCAGGCUUGACACAAAGAUAAGAGCAAAACAAGAGAGGCUGAGGAGCUUGGGUGCUGAUGAGAACUGUCAAAGGUUUCUCUUCUUAACCGAAGAAGAUAUCAUGAGCAUCCCAAACUAUCAGAAUAACACACUUAUCGCAAUAAAAGCUCCUCAAGCAAGCUCUCUUGAAGUCCCAGAUCCUGACGAGGUGGUCGAUUAUCCACAGAAGCACUUCCGGAUGAUAGUUAGAAGCACAACAGGACCCAUCGAUGUGUACUUAGUGAGCAACUGCAGUGGGCGAGUAUAACCAAAUUUAAAGUAAAAAACCCAGAUACAGUGGAACGGAGUAUCGACUAAAUCCAGACCAUCGAUUAAAUCCCAGAGUAUAUUUGGUCCGGGACCAAGACCAAACCCAAAUAUAAUCGAGCGUUGAUAUAAUCUCCGUUUCUCAACGGGCGUUGAUAUAAUCUCCGUUUCUCAACGGGCGCUUGUAUAGAGUUCGUCCCACGACUAGGCGGCCAUAUAAACUACGCCCCAACGAAACGUUGAUAAACUGUACUCCCGAUGGAGCGUUUGCUGAGUUGUUCGCCUGGAAUCAGGCGUUGAUAUACCAACCGCCCCAUUCAAACGGAGGUAAAGUUUACGCUCAACAACAUGCGUUGAUAUAGUAUACGCCCCGCAACAGACGGAGAUAAAGUGUAGGCCUGGCGUCAAGCGGAGAUAUAGUAAACGCCCAAAUCAGGCGCUGGUUAAAGCUUCCGCUCGUUAAUCAAAACAUUUUAGCAUGACCAUUGCAUCAAAAAUGGCAUGCAAAUAUUAGGAAAGCCAACUAACAACCCUCACACACAAAAUGUACCUUACACAUAAAUCACCAACAACUACUACCACACACACAAGAAAAGUAAGUUGCCUGGAAGUUGUCACUGAAAAUCUCAAAUCCAUAUAAUUUGCCUCAUAAUUCGAUCAAGUCCAAGUCCUUUUGUAUUGACUUUAGCCAUAACAGUAAAUCAAUGAGCUCUAAGUCAAUUAACCCAAGUCCAACCAUCAUUUAGGCGUUGAUUAUACAUCCUCCCGGCUUCGGGCGGAUUCUUUACGUGCGUUCCAUGGGGCGUUGAUUUUACAUCCGCCUUCCUUCUUGCGGUGACUUUAUGCACGCCCCAUGGUGCGUUGAUAUAUACCAACGCCCGUUCGUCGAGCGUAAACUUUAAUUACGUCCCACAUUGGACGUAAACUUUACCAACGCCCCACACCGGUAUCUUUAUCAACACCUGAAUGGGGUGCACUUUAUACCACCGCUCCAUAACGAAACGUUGAUUAUAACCCCGCCCGAUUAAAUAUAGUCGUCGCCCACUACGUCACACCACGGACUAAACUAAAGUUUAGUCGCCAAUUUUACUCUUUAGUCUUUGAUUUUAGUCGCACCACUGUGGAUGCUCUGAGGAAAAUUAUUUUCAGAUAGUGUUCUUGCCAGUUUAUUACAUUCUUCCAACUUGUUUCAGCAAAUACCAAGGGGGACCAGAGGAUAUUAUUGUUAAGCGAGGUGGGCAAAUACAAUAUGGUGACAAGUGACUUUAGAAGGGAAGGCACAUGCUCGAGACAAGUACAAGAUACUGGUUGGUUAUCCAAUGCACAACAGGAUCGAGAAAAUCAAAAUGUUUCCUGCGACUCACUAGGCUCCGUGAACUCUGCCACUGGCAUUCAGAAAAUUGUUCCAUCAGAUGCUAAUAUUGACGAUGAUUAUUGGUUCUGGUCAGAUCUUGAAGUGAGCAUUACAGAUUUGUGGGCAACCGAGGAUUGGGCUGAAGUAGAUGAAUUACUUAAAGACGAUGACGAGUUACCAGAGAGUACUAGUAAUGCAACAUCAGCCCAACAUGUUCCUCAAGUACCAAUACCAUCAUCAGGUGUUGUGGUGAAUGGACUUUGUAUGCAGAAGACUCAAGAAAGGAAAGCUAAGUUUGUAAAGCUACUGGUGGGUCUAAAUUUUCUUGUAUUAUUAACAUUGAUCCAUCUAAUGAGAAGAAGUUGGAGAAGCAUUUAGGGUUCUGUUUCUCCAUACUAAGGAAUCAUGGAUACACAGUUGUUACCGGCAUGGGCUUAUGCUGUCAACCAAGUUAGAUCUCCAUCGAGUUUGUUCAACUGAUGAGUGAUCAGAUUUUCCAGUUAAGAGACAUACAGAAUGGUGUUUCUUUAAUAUUGGGGCAGCACCUGACCAUCCCAGAAUUUACAUCCGAUACAUUGAGUAAAUCGGCGAGUUCAUUUUCCCACAUAGCCGGAACUCACAGGCGCUUCAAGGAUUUCAAGGGAUUCUUUGGAGUUAUUAUUAUUAAUUUUUUCAAAUUAUAAUUUCUUCAAAUGCGUAAAUAUAGUACAUUUAAAUUUUGAUUGAUAUGAAA